GGCCGACCAGGGUUAAUCCCCACAACGCCCCUUUCCGUUUCUCUUGGCUUUCGUCUUUACUUCAAAAGCAGAGCUCUUGGCUCUCGUUUACCCUCUUUCCUGUGCUUCAACUCCCAUGAAGUUCGUUGUUGUCUGAGACAACUUCUAUUCAGCAGCUGCUUUAUUUUUUUGUUUCUUUUCUGUUUAAUCCUUUCUUGCUCCUUGAAGCUCGUUGGCUUCAUUACCCUUCUUUGUAAAUUCUUCCGCUUAGCAGGUUCUUCCUGGUCCAACUGCCAACUAAGGCCAGGUCUUUCCGAGUCUCUUUCAUUUUAUCCACCUGGUGUGGUGAUACGUAUAUAUUUUUACGUCAUCCUUCUUUCACUUCAUUUACGAUUAUAGGAAGAUGCAGUCUUUCGCGAAGCUGUUGCUCCUCUUUGGGCUCUUGGCCUUGGCUUCUGCCUCCCCGGUCAGAGUCCAAAAACGAGGUGUAUACAAGGUUGAACGAGUUGCGAACCCUAACUAUACCGGCCGUAAUGGCCCUCGAGCUCUGUUGAAAACUCUCCGUAAAUAUAGGAUGCCCAUACCGGCAUCCGUUGCAGGCGCUGCUCAGCAACAGACCGAGAUGAUCUCAAAGAGAGAGCCUAAGAGGGGAAAAGGAAAAGCUCACGGUCAAAAGGGUCAGAAUGGAGGUGCAGCCGCUAACGGAACCGGUCUUGUGACGGCAACCCCUGAGGCUAACGAUGUCGAAUAUCUGGCUCCUGUCACCAUUGGUGGGCAAACUUUGAAUCUCGAUUUCGACUCCGGCUCGUCCGAUCUAUGGGUUUUCAACAGUCAGCUUAGCGCAGCCGCGACCCAGGGCCACACUAUCUAUGACCCAACUCAAUCCAAGACAUUUGCUCUCAUGAAAGGUGCCUCAUUCCAGAUUUCUUACGGUGACGGCUCUGGUGCUGCGGGCAACGUCGGCACUGAUACUGUGGACAUUGGCGGCGCUACCGUUACCAAACAAGCAGUAGAGUUGGCCACCGCUGUCUCCCGAUCCUUUGUCGAUGAUGCCAAUAGCAACGGUCUACUCGGUCUCGCAUUCAGUCAGCUUAACACUGUCCAACCAGCUCCGCAGAAGACGUUCUUCGACAAUGUAAAGUCGUCACUCGCCGAGCCUGUUUUCACUGCCGAUCUCCGCGCGCAAGCAGUUGGCGCAUACGAGUUUGGGCGUAUAGAUACGAGCAAGUUCACAGGUGACAUGACAUUUGUUCCCGUCAAUACAACAGAUGGUUUCUGGCAAUUCACAAGCGAGAAAUUCGCAAUCAAUGGUGGAACACCCCAGACUUCUACAGCCGGCGCACAAGCGAUUGCCGACACCGGUACCACUCUCCUUCUGGCUGAUCCUGCUGUGACACAGGCCUACUAUGCGCAAGUUGAUGGCGCCGUAGAUGACCAACAGCAAGGUGGUUUUACGUUUCCUUGCAACGCACAACUGCCUGAUCUCCAGCUGGAUGUGGGUGGCACCAUGGCUACCGUCAAAGGCGCUGACAUCAACUUUGCUCAAGUCGAUGAUCAGACUUGUUUCGGUGGUCUACAAGCUUCGACGGCAGGUCUCCAGAUCUACGGUGAUAUAUUUUUCAAGAGCAAUUUUGUCGCCUUUAACGGCGGAAACAACACUCUUGGAUUUGCACAGCACGUAUAGAUGUGCCUCUUGCAUGUAACCAUAUGUAUAGGUUACUAUUUUCUUGCAUGUGGGCUAUGGCCAUGAACUGUAUAUAUCAUAUAAGAUUUUUUAUUCCAAGAAGCAU